GCUAUCAACAUACAUAUGAAUACAGAGUUACGUGUUCGCAACGGAAACGAGCGCCGGUCAAUUUCUGUCGCCAUUAGAAAUUGCCAGGACCCUGUCCUUCGGUUCCCCGGAGAAAACCAUAAUUUUUGCCUCUGCGUGCCGAUAAGCGCGUGCAAUCGUCUCCCGUCCUUUUGUUCCUCCCAAUCUGUCAGUCGUUUGAGUCCAACCCAUCUCUUGUUCUGCUCUGCUCUCCUCAUUCCCAUCUCCAGUCUCGCCUUCUUUUGUCCCCUCUUCGGGAGUGAUCGCAGUUGGGCAGCAGCUGAUAUGGCCAAUAGCGAUUUCAAACUUCAACGCCCCUUUGGUCUGUUGUCGACCCCCUCCACAAAUCCCCCCUCCCUGCUUAAAAUGAGGCGAGCAGAAGCUGCUAGGAUCAGAGAGAAGUAUCCAGAUAGAAUACCUGUGAUUGUGGAGCGUGCUGAUAGAAGCAACAUCUCUGACAUUGAUAAGAGGAAAUACCUUGUCCCUGCUGACAUAACUGCAGGGCAGCUUGUUUAUGUUGUUCGCAAAAGAAUCAAGCUUAGUCCUGAGAAGGCUCUGUUCAUCUUUGUCAAGAACACUCUACCUCCUACUGCUUCCUUGAUGUCAGCGAUAUAUGAGGAAUUCAAGGACGAGGAUGGCUUUCUUUACCUGACUUACAGCGGAGAAAAUUCUUUUGGAUUCCGUGCAGAGUAGCUUGGACGAGUAUAGAUACCUGAAAGUGUAGAUAUUGGUCGAUGCGCCGAUUCAUUAGUUCAUUGUUUGAUUAGGUUCGAGGUGAUAUUAUCUUUUCUUCUUAAUAGUAAUACCGUCUGCUUAAUCUGUCUGUAACUAUUGCUUGGACUGAUGAAAACUGGACUGGUCUGUUUUCUAUGAAGACGAACCAUGUGUUA